CUCGAAUCUUCCCCCCUUUUCAUUCCUCCCCUUCCCUUCCCUUCACGCCGAUACACUUCCGAAACCCGCACGCCAUCCCCAAAUCCCCUGAGCUUUUAUGUGGCAUUCGGGUCCUCUUCUGCCAUGUCGGAAUCUGAUACAGCGGUUACGGUAGCCCCGCAUUUGCCGGUCCAUUUGGCACAUCCCACACUCUCCCACCACCUCAAACUUAUCCAACCGCGGGUCAUAUGCGAAAUAACCGGGACAGGUCGAGAUUCGGUAGCAGUUCCGCGUGUUGUUUCUUUCCGCGUAACAGCGGCGAGGGGUUUGGUAGAGGCCGUAGCCACCGGGGCAGCGGUUGCCGGUGCGGCAGAACCUGUAUUCGAUGCCGUAUUUGCACAUUUUGGAUUUUUGUGCUGUUUUGGUGGUUUGGUUUGGUUCUGGGGGUUUAGUUUGUGUGUACUGCUGAGGCUUUUUGGAGGCUUGGAUCUGUUCUUGCUUGUCUGCUUGUUGGGUUGUCUAGUGGAGGAAGUUGAACUGGUAGAACAAAGGGGUUAUUUAUAUCUCCCGGAGGUAAAUUUAUCGAAGAUAUUGUGACGAGCUUGGACUGCUUCGUCUGGAUAUGGGCAAUCCCAUGAAUCGAGGUGAAUGGCUCCUUAGAUCUAUAGUAAACUCGUUUCUCCCCGUGAAGUGUGAAGGCUCACUGGUGAAGAGAAGAAAAUACAGGAUAGAAC